AUGGCUAACUUUGAUAGGGUGCAAUCAGAAAAGGCACAAUUGUCAUCUUCACACGAUGACAUAACACAACACAAAGGGACGACCCAACAAGGUAUCUCUUCUACACCAACAACUAAGACUGUACCAGUUGACGCCAACAGCAACCCCAAACAAAAUGCUGAACUUCGGGAACAGAUUGCUAAAUCUAUCAUCGACGAUCCAGCUACCCUGAAAGCCAUCGUUGAUCCCAUCGCUACACUCCUCGCAGACAAGAUCAUCGACUCUGGUCUCAUGAUGGGUAAGCUUGCUGAUAGUCUAGUUGCAAGUAAGCUUUUUGUAGACUCCAUAGCAUCGGCUGUGCAGGAAACCAUCGCACAAAAUGUCUACGAGGCCACUUCAACGGAUAUCAACAAACAUUCAGAUCAACUGGAAAAGAUGCACAAUCAAAAUCGGAAAAUAUCCGAUCAAAACGACCAAUUGAAACAGGAGAUUGGUGAUCUUGAGCAAUACAGCCGUCGGAACUGUCUACUGAUACACGGUAUUCCAGAGACCCCCAACGAAAAUACCGACAAGAUCUCCCUUGAGGUACUCAACAACAAACUCAAGCUAGAUCUCCACUUGCACGAUCUAGAUAGAUCUCAUCGCCUUGGCAAGCCCCGGAAAUCGACUACCCCCUCUGGUGCCCCCCAACGGCCACGCCCCGUCAUCGUGAAGUUCACGAGCUAUAGAUCACGCUCGCUGGUAUUUGCCAACAAACGCCAUCUGAAAGGGUCUUCUGUGCACAUCACCGAGAACUUGACAAAAAGGCGGCAUGAGCCUUAUCAAGAGGCCAGACGAUGUGAUGGAUUUGAAGCCGUCUGGACCAGAGAUGGUAAGAUCAUCUUGCUCUUGAAGAACAAGACAAAGACAUCAAUCACCACCCUCAAAGAACUGAACAAACUUUGUCCAUAGACAAAUGGUUUGUAAUAUCAAACAUA